AUGGAGCAUACUGAUCAAACUCAAAAUGGGCUUUUGGAGGAGUUUUUAGUGGCUCCAAAGUUGGAUAGUUACUGGACCACUUUCCCCGGUGGAGGGAUCGAAAUCUUCCCAAAUGGUUGGAACUGCGAGUCUUUCGAUCGCAAUGAUCAUAACCAAGAUUUACUAACCUCAAACACAAACUCCAACUCGCUUUUAGGACUCCUCUCAUCACCGGCAGCAUUACUAGCGGCAGGGUCUCACGAAUCUGGUUUUGCAUUCCCUUUUGGCGAAAGCACCAGCUAUCCGUUUCUUGAUCAUGUUGGUGAUGGUUUCAGUACGGCAGUACCGGAACUGGGCUCCUCGUACGAUCGUUCUAAUUUUGACAGUUUACCACCAGUUCCCAUCCAACAAGAUUAUGGAGAAGGGAUGGUGGAACAUGGAGGAAAUCUUGGGCUCCGUGGUCUCCAAGAGGGGAAAGGAUUCUGCAAGGUGGAGGUUGAACAGCCAACCGCCACCAGCAUCGGUGCAUCUAGAGUGGGCUUGUGCGGAGACAAAAGGAGCAAGAUCAAGAAGGCUGAGGGGCAACCGUCCAAAAAUCUCAUGGCAGAAAGGAGGCGAAGGAAGCGACUCAAUGACCGGCUUUCCAUGCUUCGAUCAAUUGUUCCUAAGAUUAGCAAGAUGGACAGAACAUCCAUACUUGGAGAUACCAUAGAUUACAUGAAGGAGCUUUUGGAUAAAAUCCACAAGUCGCGAGAAGAGAGUACGGAGGAGAACAUCAACCAGCUGACUAAAAUAGGAAACUUGAAACAGCUAAAGCCAAAUGAGGUAGUUGCCAGGAACCCUCCAAAGUUUGACGUGGAAAGGAGAAGUGUAGACACGCGGAUCGAAAUUUGUUGCACUGCCAAGCCAGGGAUGUUGUUGUCAACAGUCAGCACAAUGGAAGCUUUGGGGCUUGACAUUCAACAAUGUGUUAUCAGCUGUUUCAAUGAUUUCUCAGUACAAGCCUCCUGUUCCGAGGUGGCGGAGCAUCGCAGAAUUGUUGGAUCUGAAGAUGUUAAACAAGCACUGUUUAGGAAUGCAGGUUAUGGAGGAAGAUGUCUAUAGAGAGCGUGGCUGCAGCAGAAUAAAUCUGGACAUUAUCAGAAGCCUAGCGAGGGACAUGGAAGAUGAUCUGUUGUGUUAGCAAUUUUUUAGUUUCUAAUAGUGUAGGCUUUCUAGAGGUUCAUUUUUAAAUCAUUAGAUGUAUAUGAUGAUUUCUGCCAUUAGUGGAGAUUUAAUGAAAGUAUGA